AUGGCUUUCCUUAAUAAGACUUACAAAUUCGUGAGCCAGGAGAACUUCGAUGCUUUCCUCAAGGCAUCUGGUGUCCCUGCAGACAAAAUCGAAAAGACCCUGAGCUACACACCAGACCAAAAGAUCGUUAAGGAUGGUGACACCUACAACUACAUCGUCUCAGGAGCUCUCGGCACAAAGGAAAUCAAAUUCAAGUCCGGAGUGGAAUUCGAUGACAAACUUGGCACUGAACAGACUCCCGUCAAGAGCACAAUCGUAGUUGACGGCAACACAGUGAUCCAGACCGCUAAAGGAUCCACUGGCGUCGCUACCUUCAAAAGGGAAUACAACGGAGAUGAUUUAGUUGUGACUGUCACCCUCGACAAUUGGGACGGCUCCGCCAAGAGGUACUACAAAGCUGCAUAA